CCCCACCCCAGCUUUCUCCCCACUUUCCAUUUCCGCCUCUGACAAAUCUCUGAACCCUCGCCACCGCCGCCGCGCCGCCGCUGCUGCGGCCACCGCCAAAUGGCGUCUCUCGCUUUGACCUCUUCCACCUCCUGCUCCCUCGCCUUCAAUUCCCUACCUUGUCUCAAAUCCCGCCGAUUCCCCUCCCCUACGCUCAGAUCCGCCGUUCGCCUCUCCUCCCGACUCCCCUCCUCCAUUUCAUUCGCCGCCGGAGCAAGAUUCUCUCCCCUCGCCACUCCCUGCCUUCUGAAAUCAAAUGCCUCACGCACCUUCAGAAUCCGGGCCUCUUCCGAGGCUCCGUCUUCAUCUCCCGUUCCGGUUCCCGCGCCCGCUCCGGCACCGGCGCAGCCAUGGCAGGGGGCGGCGAUGAAGCCGUUGCUGGCAUCGAUCGCUACAGGAGUCAUUCUCUGGUUCGUCCCGGUACCGGAAGGAGUGACUAAGCAGGCGUGGCAGCUCCUCGCAAUCUUCCUCGCCACGAUCGUCGGAAUCAUAACGCAGCCCCUGCCGCUCGGAGCAGUCGCGCUGAUGGGAUUGGGGGCGUCCGUACUGACCAAAACCCUACCCUUCGCCGCCGCGUUCUCCGCCUUCGGCGACCCGAUCCCGUGGCUCAUCGCGCUCGCCUUCUUCUUCGCCCGCGGGUUCAUCAAAACGGGACUAGGUAACCGAAUCGCGUACCAAUUCGUCUCCCUGUUUGGAUCCUCUUCCCUAGGGUUAGGUUACAGCUUGGUGUUCAGUGAGGCGCUUCUCGCCCCGGCGAUCCCGUCCGUCUCUGCUCGAGCCGGAGGGAUCUUUCUCCCGCUCGUGAAGUCGCUCUGCGUCGCCUGCGGCAGCAAUGUGGGCGACGGGACGGAGCAUAAGCUCGGUUCGUGGCUGAUGUUGACUUGUUUCCAGACCUCGGUGAUUUCGUCGGCGAUGUUCUUGACUGCCAUGGCGGCUAACCCGUUGUGUGUCAAUUUGACUAUGAAUACUAUUAAGCAGACGAUUGGGUGGACUGAUUGGGCUAAGGCUGCAUUUGUACCUGGGCUGGUUUCCCUGCUUGUCGUCCCGUUGAUUCUGUACAUUGUCUAUCCGCCAACGAUCAAGAGCAGCCCUGAUGCGCCCAAAUUGGCCAGGGAGAAGCUGGCGACGAUGGGGCCGAUGACCAAGAACGAGGUCAUCAUGGCUGGAACUCUGCUUGUCACGGUGGGCCUCUGGAUAUUUGGUGGAGUGUUGAACAUCGAUGCUGUGACCGCUGCUAUUCUUGGGUUGUCGGUCCUCCUAAUCUCCGGCGUGGUGACAUGGAAAGAAUGCUUAGCCGAAUCAGUAGCGUGGGAUACCCUAACGUGGUUUGCUGCCCUCAUCGCCAUGGCAGGGUACCUGAACAAAUACGGCCUCAUUUCCUGGUUCAGUCAAACCGUUGUCAAGGUUGUUGGUGGACUAGGACUCUCAUGGCAGGCGUCGUUCGGCAUCUUGGUCCUCCUCUACUUCUACUCCCACUACUUCUUCGCCAGUGGCGCGGCUCACAUUGGUGCCAUGUUCACCGCAUUCCUGUCCGUGGCUAGCGCCCUGGGAACCCCGCCUUACAUGGGAGCCAUGGUGCUGUCUUUCCUCUCGAACCUCAUGGGAGGACUCACGCACUACGGUAUCGGGUCGGCGCCCGUCUUUUACGGCGCCGGCUACGUCCCUCUGGCACAGUGGUGGGGAUACGGGUUCCUCAUCUCCAUCGUCAACAUCGCGAUCUGGCUCGGAAUUGGUGCCUUCUGGUGGAAGACCCUCGGCUUGUGGCUUGUACUUAAACUGGAUGAGCUCGGUUUAGAAAUAGCUCGAAUAGCUGUGCCGGCUGCUAUGGCUUUGACAGCUGAUCCCAUUGCUUCUCUUGUUGAUACAGCAUUCAUUGGCAGAAUAGGUUCUGUAGAGCUUGCUGCUGUUGGAGUGUCCAUUGCUUUAUUCAAUCAAAUUUCGAGGAUUGCAAUCUUCCCACUAGUCAGUGUUACAACGUCGUUUGUAGCUGAGGAAGACGUGAUGGCGAAAGUGGCAGCUGAAGCAGAAGAGAGCGAGUCCUUGGAAACCGGCAUAGUCAGUAACAAUGAGAGUAACGAAUUGAUACCACAAAGUGGUGGACCUCCAAAUUCUGGAGAUGUCAGCAGCUUUGAGGUAGCUAGUAGUAAGGUCGCAAAUGAAAGAAGGCAUAUUCCUUCUGCCUCAUCAGCUCUGGUCAUUGGUGCCAUUCUUGGCCUUGUCCAAACUGUGUUCCUCAUUUCUGCUGCAAAACCUCUUCUCAACUUCAUGGGAGUCAAAUCUGACUCGCCGAUGUUAGCUCCUGCACAACAAUACUUAACCCUGAGAUCGCUUGGUGCUCCUGCGAUUCUCCUCUCCUUAGCAAUGCAAGGUGUUUUUCGGGGUUUCAAGGAUACGAAAACCCCUUUGUAUGCUACUGUGGCUGGUGAUGUCACAAACAUCAUUUUGGAUCCUAUACUUAUGUUUGUUUUCCGUCUCGGGGUCAGUGGUGCCGCCAUUUCCCACAUCAUAUCCCAGUACCUGAUCGCAAUCAUACUCCUGUGGAAAUUGAUUGCACAAGUUGAUCUAGUACCACCUAGCAUCAGGCAUCUACAAUUUGGCCGGUUCCUAAAAAACGGCUUUCUGCUAUUGAUGAGGGUAGUGGCUGUGACAUUCUGUGUUACUCUCUCUGCAUCCUUGGCUGCCCGACAAGGUCCAACGUCCAUGGCAGCAUUUCAGGUAUGCUUGCAGGUCUGGAUGGCCACAUCUCUCCUCGCUGAUGGAUUGGCAGUGGCUGGCCAGGCAAUAAUCGCAGGUGCUUUUGCUCAGAAAGAUUUCGAGAGAGCCACUGCAACUGCAUCUAGAGUACUGCAGCUGGGAUGGCUUCUGGGUCUGGUUCUGGCAUUGGUACUUGGAUUGGGGCUGACAUUCGGAGCGCGGAUAUUCACCAAUGAUGUCGACGUUCUUCACCUAAUUGGCAUAGGCAUCCCGUUUGUUGCAGGGACUCAACCCAUCAACGCAUUGGCUUUCGUCUUCGAUGGGGUCAAUUUCGGAGCAUCAGACUUCGGUUAUGCUGCCUACUCAAUGGUUCUGGUCGCCAUAUUCAGCAUUGGGUGUUUGCUGUUUCUGUCUGCAAGUUACAAGUUCAUUGGCCUCUGGAUUGCUCUUACCAUCUAUAUGAGCCUCAGAGCUUUUGCUGGUUUCUGGAGGUUGGGGACUGGUACAGGGCCAUGGAACUUCCUCAGAAGACUGUGAAAUAAGGACCAGGACAAGCUUUUACAGCUUAUACUUUUGCUGCUCUGUAUUUGUGUAGUUGCUCAGUAGAAAGAAACCCCGAAGUCUGCAUUUUGUCUACAUGUAAACAACAACGAAUAACCUCCCUUAUUGUAAAUAAGAACCAAUUCCCUUGCUCUUCCUCCCUUGUUCUACAGCUUAAACGUACCUUUGAUUCGACGGCUGCACUUUUGCCGCUUCCAACUCCUACUCCAACUAUAAUUUCUGUUUUACCGCCAAAAAUUGACAUUGUAGCCCAAUAUUAACAAACAAAAAAAAGGCUGGGCCGGCCGGCCAUGUUUAAACUGCGCAUAUUGUUAUGGGCCAGUCUCAAGCCCAAUAAAAUUACAUGACUAUUUGGCA